AUAAUACAUCAGUUCUGAACUUCAUUUAUAACCUCUCAAUUGGACUUCCUAUUUUUCUCAUUCUCUCUCGUUCCUCGCAUAAAUCUCUGGAAUCGGUGAGCGAGAGAGCUACCUGACUACCUGUAGUCUUCUUCCGAAUCAUCUUUGUUUUUAAAAGUUCAACAUGGGUAAGGAGAAGAUUCACAUCAACAUUGUGGUCAUUGGCCAUGUUGACUCUGGAAAGUCGACCACCACUGGUCACUUGAUCUACAAGCUUGGUGGUAUUGACAAGCGUGUCAUUGAAAGAUUCGAGAAGGAGGCUGCUGAGAUGAACAAGAGGUCUUUCAAGUAUGCCUGGGUGCUUGACAAGCUCAAAGCUGAACGUGAGCGUGGUAUUACCAUUGAUAUUGCCUUGUGGAAGUUUGAGACCACAAAAUACUACUGCACUGUCAUUGAUGCUCCAGGACAUCGGGACUUCAUCAAGAAUAUGAUUACUGGUACCUCACAGGCUGACUGUGCUGUCCUUAUCAUUGAUUCCACAACUGGAGGUUUUGAAGCUGGUAUUUCCAAGGAUGGCCAGACCCGUGAGCAUGCUUUGCUUGCCUUCACCCUCGGUGUCAAGCAAAUGAUUUGCUGUUGCAACAAGAUGGAUGCGACCACACCAAAAUACUCCAAGGCAAGGUAUGACGAAAUUAUAAAAGAAGUCUCUUCCUAUCUCAAGAAGGUGGGAUACAACCCAGAGAAAAUCCCAUUUGUCCCCAUCUCUGGUUUUGAAGGUGACAACAUGAUUGAAAGGUCCACCAACCUUGACUGGUACAAGGGCCCGACUCUCCUCGAGGCUCUUGAUAUGCUUCAGGAGCCCAAGAGGCCUUCCGACAAGCCCCUUCGUCUCCCGCUUCAGGAUGUUUACAAGAUUGGUGGCAUUGGUACUGUUCCUGUGGGUCGAGUGGAGACAGGUGUUAUCAAGCCUGGUAUGGUUGUCACCUUUGGUCCAUCUGGAUUGACAACUGAAGUUAAGUCAGUUGAAAUGCACCAUGAAGCCCUCCAGGAGGCUCUCCCUGGUGACAAUGUGGGGUUCAAUGUCAAGAAUGUUGCUGUCAAGGAUCUCAAACGUGGUUAUGUUGCCUCUAACUCCAAGGAUGAUCCUGCCAAGGGGGCUGCCAAUUUCACCUCCCAGGUCAUUAUCAUGAACCACCCUGGACAAAUUGGAAACGGGUAUGCCCCAGUUCUCGAUUGCCACACCUCCCAUAUUGCUGUGAAGUUUGCAGAGCUUAUCACCAAGAUUGACAGACGAUCUGGUAAGGAGCUCGAGAAGGAGCCCAAGUUCUUGAAGAAUGGCGAUGCUGGUUUUGUUAAGAUGAUUCCGACCAAGCCCAUGGUGGUUGAGACUUUCUCCGAAUACCCACCUCUUGGUCGUUUUGCCGUGAGGGACAUGCGUCAAACUGUGGCUGUUGGUGUCAUUAAGAGUGUAGAUAAGAAGGAUCCAAGUGGUGCUAAGGUCACUAAGGCCGCUGCAAAGAAAGGAGCCAAGUGAAGAAGAUUGUGGACAGAAGGAAUAUUUUUUACUAUUUGUAUAAAAGUUUUUUUUUUUUUUUUUUUUUUUUUU